UUAUAGUACGUGCAUGUUUAUAUAUUAUGUGUCUGCCUGUCUGCCUUUUAAAUUUAUUUGAUUUUUGUUUUCGAGUCUUUCAAUAAUUGUCUCCAUUUUUCUGAGUGAGAGUGUUAAAAUUUUUGGAGUGCAGAUGUAUAAAUGUUUCUACGAUAUUUAUUUGUGGAAAAAAGGUCAGAGCUUCAUCCAAAGCAAUGAAUGCACUAGGAUAGAAAUAAAAACUAAUGUGGAUUAUAACAUUUUUACCCGAGAAAUUUUGGCCGCCGUAUAGCGUGAGUGGAAUGCUCAUCAAAUUGCGUGUUUUUUUUCUGUUUGCAACGCUAUAAUUACUUUUUCUAUAUGUAUUUACAUAAUUAAUCACAACGUAACGCUUAAGAAAACUGCCUCAACAGUUAUUUAUGCUCAGGCAAAUUAAAAUUAUAGUGAAAUAUUAACAAACACAUGAAAAUCCUACGCGCGUACACGCAUUUAUGUCCUCCGCAUAUAUAAAAAGGAAGAUAAUAACAAUUAAUAAAACUAUUCGCCUUGUAGUGAACUGUGAGCACUCACCAUCUAAGAUAAACGUAUGAAAACAGUUCAACUUUUACUAAUGUAGAUUAAAGAAAACAUAAAAAAUAAUCUAAAUAUGAACGAAAUCAUAUUGAAAAAAUAUUUCGCCGGUAAGUGAAAAAAGUGUGCGAAAAAAUGUACAUGCGUUUGAAUACAAUUCUCACAAAGUAAAACUUCAACGUUUUCCGUAUCGCUAUUUUUCGGUAUGCGUGCAUAAAUAUAUGGCACUGUCACUUAAAUGUAAAUCGAUUUAAUGUUUAAAUUUUGUCUUAGUAGAACCACAGAAACCUUUGAAUUGCUUUAUGUGGUUGCUUUUGAUUGCAUAUCGGUUAAAAAUUUGCACUUCUACACAUAUUAUGUAAAGUGUUUAAGCUAUCAUCAAUACGAGUGUAUAACAACGGGGUAGGGUACUCGGUUUGAAGCCAUAUGUUUGCACGGGUAACUUCGGCAUGAAAUGGAAGCAGCCAUACGUUCUUCAGUGCAGGUUGGUGGUCCGCAACCGCCAUCUAAUAGUGGUCAGACACAGCAGCAACAACAACAAUCGCAACAGCAACAUCAUCAUCAUCAUCAUCAUCAUCAUCAUCACCAUCAUCACAGUCAACAGCAACAACAACAAUCACAAAUUCAUCAUCAUUUGCAGCAACAGCAGAAGCAGCACCAACAAUCGGCGGUCAACAAUGAUAGUGGACCGGCGCACCAACAACAUCAACAUCAUCAACAACACCCCCAGCAGCAACACCAGCACCAGCACCAUUUGCAGCAACAAACUUCUACGCAAUCCUUACAACAGCAAUCAGCCAAUCUUUCACCCUAUCCUCAGCAACAAAGGAUAUCAUCGACUGCAUCGUCUAUUCAUAGGUCCAUUAACGAUACGACUCCACGCAUUGGCGGUGGCCUUGGUCCACCACAAUCUCAGAAUAUGCAGCAACAACAACAACAACAGCAACAACACUUACAUCAACAGCAGAUGCAACAACACCACCAUCAUCAUCAACAAUUGCAUCAACAACAGCAGCAUCACCAUCAGCAGCAGCAACAACAACAGCAGUCAUCGCGUUCGGCAGCUAGUCCACUUUCACCACCUCGCCCCGGACCCGGUUCAGCUGCUGCUGCUAACACAUAUGCCAAAUUUGCCGAUGUUAACCCAGUCCGGGAGGCCCCGCAACGUUUUAUAUUGCAAAGUGCUUAUAGCAUUGGGCCAGGUGCCCAAUAUCGGGAAAGUCCAUACACAAGGAUACCUCCAAUGCCACCAGUGCAAGAUUAUCAUCGGGUGGCUGCUGCUGCAUUGGCAGCUGCAAAUAGUGCACCAGGUAGCGGGGGGGUGGUUCAAAUGCCAGCAACUUCUAAUGUUAACAUCAGUGCCCCACACGGCAUUGAAGCGUUGCAUUUUGCACACCCGUCUCCCGGCCACCAGGCGUCGUCAUCUGGAGGAGCACAGUUGCUUAACAACGCGCCAAGCGGAGGAGCCGCUGUGUCGAACGCUAAUUCCCCGCAUAAUACAUCCAACGUCCCGCCUGCUGGAAAUAGUAAUUCUUGUGUUACAAGUAGUAUAAUGACAGCUGGAGGAAAACGCAUUUUGCUCAAUACAACGCAUCGCCAACAACCCCCGUAUUCCAAUGAGUAUUUAAAAAACGUUGCUGUGCCGGUAACGGCUACUGUCUCAGUGAAUCGUCAUGGCCAGACUCAAGCUCCACCUGAUCCGGGUGGACAACCACCUUACAAAAAAAUGCGGCUAAGCGAUGCGAAUAACUCCGCAACAAACAACCUGCCACCACAUCAAGUAACAAAUGUCCAAUCUUCUACACCUCAGCAGCAGCAGCAACGGCAACCGUCACCAGUUACCGCGCAAACUCCUAAUGUAGUGCGUACGUCUGGUCAUGGACAUGGACAGAUUUUACCGCCUCAUACGCAUUUAUCGGCAUUGCCACCGUCCCAUAUCCCUCAGCAUCAACAACACGUGCCACCACCACCUCAAUCGGUGACAAUGCAGCAACUUAAAGUUGAAACACAAUCUUUGCAUAUGCCAGUGGUAGUGACACCACCUGUGAAUCGUGUAGCUGCUUCAGUUCCAAUUAGCAGCGUCAUUAAUGUAGCUGCAGCCACCACAGCUACAACAAACUCCCCCUCAAUAUCAGUUUCAGUGACAACGACCAUUAAUUCAACUUCUUCUUCAACAGAGGCAUAUCAUCCACAGGUUGAAGCUAUUUCGCCCACGUUACCAAUUGAUAGUGCGGAGGAACGUGGUCGCACUGCAAAAGAAGACCUAUUAAUGCAAAUUCAAAAAGUAGAUACUGAAAUAACCAGCGCUGAUAAUGCUUUGGAUGCUUUACGAACAAAGGAAAAGAAUUUGAUGGAUGUGGCAGCGGCUGCAAAGCAGCAGAAGGAAAUGGCAGCGGCUGCGAAGAAGCAGGCCGAAACUGAGGCAGAAACCGAUGCCCAAAAUUUUUGGCGAUCCCAGACAUUGGCUCAAAAAAUCUAUUUGGCGAAUCAAAAAACGGCAGCCGCUCAACAUUCCAUACUCGACAAUUGUGGGGAACGCUACUUACUUCCGCUGUACAAUCAGCCUUUAGAUGUAGAUCAUUUGACGAUUGUGAUACAACGUCAUCAGACUAUCAUCAAAAUGCCUCUUUUAGAUCAUUUACGCAAAAUCAAGAACGAGCGUUGGAUUCAUCAUACAAAGUUGGUGGAAACAUAUGCUCAGUUGUCGACUGAGUGGCAGAAACGUGUCGAUAAGGCCGAAGGCAGUGCAAAGCGUAAGACACGCGAAUCUAAAAACCGCGAGUUUUUUGAGAAGGUUUUUACCGAACUGCGCAAGCAACGCGAGGAUAAAGAGCGUUUUAAUCGGGUUGGAUCACGUAUCAAAUCUGAAGCAGACUAUGAGGAGAUUAUGGACGGCUUGCAAGAACAAGCUAUGGAAGUAAGAAAGAUGCGUUCCUAUGCUAUAAUUCCUCCGCUGAUGUUCAAUACUUAUCAAAGACGAUGUCUCUACCACAAUGAAAACGGUGCCGUCAAGGACAUGGUAGCUGUACAUAAAGAACGUGCUGUACUCAAUGUGUGGACAGCUGGAGAAAAGGAAAUUUUUAAAGAAAAAUUCUUGCAACAUCCUAAAAAUUUUGGUGCGAUAGCGGCUAGUUUGGACCGCAAAUCGGCUCAAGACUGCGUGCGCUACUACUACCUCAGCAAAAAGACAGAAAAUUAUAAGCAGUUACUUAGAAAAUCACGGCAGAGAACUCGUGCUUCUAAAACGCUCCAAAAGACGCAGCAACAACCAACACAGUGUAUUAUUGACUCCUUAACUACGGGAGUAACAACCCGAUUGCAACGUGAACAGCAACAAAAGACAGGAGGCCGUUCUGCAGCAGCCGAACGUGAACGUGAAAGGGCGGAGCGAGCGGCAGAACGAGAGAAGACUGUAGAAAAGGCAGUUACAGAAACAACCAAGGCAGUGACAACAACAACAAUUAAAACCAUAAAAAUAGAAGCAGUAAGUGUAACAACGGUGACUUCUGCAACAACGGUAAGUUCAAAUAUUGAAACUCCUGCGACUAUGUCGGCGGACGAUUUAUUCGCUGCAGCAGCAGAUACAUCGCAGAUAUCGAAUGGAGGUAAGAAUGUUUCGAUGCCAAAUUCUUCUAAUAUUACUACGCCUACUUGUAUGUCAGCUGACAAAAGUCAAGCUGAAAAGCUUUCAACGGCAAUAGAAUUGCAUAAUGGAACAAACUUAACAGAACAAGAAAAUAAUACAAAAGUGAGCUCAACAGAAUGUAUGAGCAAUGGAAGCAACAAGGCAAAAUUUGAAAAUAAAGUGCCUGAUAACUAUGAUAAUAAAAAAUCGACGAAUGCUUUGAGUGUGUCUCCUGAAAAAUCAAAAGAGAAAAUAUCUGUGGCUUCUUCUGGUGCCACUACGUCAGUUAAUUCUAACACUGUUGCUCCUCAGAAAACAAAUGCUAAUAUAGACAGUGCGAUACUACCUUCAUCUGCUUCUCUAAUAUCUCAGAUGACGACGGCGUCUCUGACCUCUUUGAAUAACAUAGUUCAUCCAGCCGCAUCAAUGCCGAAUGGUAUUAAAACCUCAUACGCUGGCACCAUUCCUACGCAAACAGGAAGUGCUGUUGCUUCUACAAUGGCCUCCCCGUCUAAACCUCCAUUGAUAAAUGCUGUUUCCGAUGAGAUUAAAAGGGAGACUUCCAAUACUGGGAACGAACACAAAGCAACGAACAUUAAUGCUGAAUCUGUUGUCGCUGAAGAUACAAAUAAUAAACUAAGCGUUGUAAGUACGCCCACUACCUCAACGAGUGCUGGUAACUUUUUAGGACAAAAACUGAAAGCUGCUCAAGUGGAAAGUGUCAACGAUCCGGGAAAUGAUUGCAACUCAGAUGUUAGUGAGUCCAAAAGAAAGCGUCUUGAUAGCGUAUCGACGGUUGCUUCAUCAGCCAUCGCAAGUUCUCAACAAAUGUUAUCUGUUAGUAGCAGUAGUAACAGCGAUGGCAGCAACAAUAAUAACAACGGCAAUAGUAGUAGCGUGAGCAGUACUAAGAAUUUUCCAACAAGCUCUGUCAACAGUAGUGUAUCCGCUAUAUUGAUGACUACGUCGAACACAAAUGUUAACUUUACCGCCAGUGUUACAACAGAAUCAGCCACCUCAACAACCUUUACUGGCAAUAUGUGUUCAUCUAUAGUAACAUCAAAUAUCACUUUAUUUAGCAACAAUGACGGCAAUGCAAUCGACGGUAAAGACAAACUGGCAACAUGUUUUAUUUGUAAAGCUGACAACUGCCUUCGCACUAGACCACUUAAAAGGGGUCGCGGUCAACAGUAUGAUAUUUUGGAUGAAACUAUACCAACUGGGGCGCGUGUAUGCAAUACGUGUCAAUGCAAAUCAGUGCGAGCCCGCUGCCCCAAUUGUCCUCUACCCACAUGCCCCAAUCCAAAAGACCGAGCUAAGCGGUUGCGUAAUAUCCCAGCGCGACUUUAUGACCUAGGAGCGGAGGUACGAGAUCCCAUCAUAAAGGAAUUCCAGAUUCCUCUGCAAGCGACACGAUGCUGUUCGGCCUGCUUAAUGCGUAUUCGUCGUAAAUUAGAUCCCCACAUCAAUCUAACUGAUGAAGAACGACAUACUGACGGCGAUGAAUCGGAUGUAAGUACUUCUUCCUGCGAUGAACGCGAUGCAAGCGGAAGUGAUACUGCAUCUGUUGAAAGCCCAAAAAAUCGUCAACGUCAUAAUACCCUCAUAAAAGAUACCGUACCAAAACCGUCACAAAUGGUUUCAGUAACACCGGUUGUGAGUUUAGUAAGUGGCACGCCUUCUCUGCCGGAUACGAUUGCAACACCUACAGGCAACAGCACAUCCAAUGUUGCAAUAACAAAGUCUGAUGAACGUUUGUUACCGCCCCUUGGACAUGCGCCUAAAAAGCAAAAAACGUCGGAAGAAUAUGACUCAUCAGCUACAGAAACAGCUGACGAAGAAAAUGAGAACUCCCCUGCCAAUCGGCACAGCCCUAAAGUAAUACUAAACAGCAGCAACACUAAUGCUGCUGUAGUAAAUGCUGGCAGUGGUUUGGGACCACCGCCUGUCUCAACAAAUGGACCAAUGUCCACUCCGAUUCAAAGUCAACGUCACGAUGUAACUUCGGGAGACUUGCAAGACUUUUUGUAUACAGUCAUCGAACGGUCGCUCAAGCAAAAAGGUCCACCUCCAUCGAAAAUGCCAUCACAAUCGACAACGAUUAGUGUAACUAAACCCUUGCAACUCUCAGCAGAGUCAGGUAGAAGUAAUAGUGAUGCAAUCAGCAGUAGCAGCAGCAACAAUUCCAAUAGCAACAAUGAUGUGACAAUAGUUCGGGAAUAUCGAAAUGAUGGUUCCAUUAAGCCACAGCAACAAGCCCACGGUCAACCUUUGUUAAGCAGUACUGUUACUACCAACAAUUCCAUGCAGAAUAUUAACAUUCGACAACCCCAGCAGCAAACGCCAACCCUAAGAACAAACGUUUCAGUGUCGGGUGGACAACUUGAAAACUUGGCUACUCUCUCUGUAGUGAACUCGUACGUACCAAGUCAGCAUUUACAGCCAACAUCGCAUAAUAUAAUGCAUCACCAGCAGCAUGACAUUAAAGCAACGAUUACUCCAAUGAUAAAAAGUGGAAAAACCCCGACUCCGCCACAUGUGCCACCACCUGAAACAAUUAUUUAUGCCAGCACUCAACUUUCACGUAACAAUGAGCCGGAACCACAGACCUUGGAUUUGUCGAUAAAAAAACCAUCACGCGAUGGAAAUUCCCCCCAUACCUCUUCUUCUGGAUCAUCAGUUAGUCUCUCUUGUUCGGCCGUUGAGCCAGUAACGUCACGGCAUCAACAAAUGGCAUCAAACGGGUCUGGAAAACAUGUUAAUAAUGUAGCUGCCAUUUAUCGCGGCUCAGAGUCUACUCAGCUAAUUGGCGCCCCACCCAAUCAUACUUUUCUCUAUCAUACACACUCCACUAGUGUUGGAGUGGGUAAGGUACCACCCCCGGGUUCUCUUUAUGUGUCGCAAGUACCUGUUCCUAUGUCUAUAACACAAACAUCCGGUGGUUCCGCUACUAACAAUGGAAAUAGAGGCCAGUCAACUCAAACUCAAUCCCCACAAGGACAGACAUCACAUUUGCAGCUGACUGCGCAACACGGUAAGAAUAUUAGUGGGGCGAACAAAAUUCCUUCUAAGUUAAGUCCACAAAUAAUACACCCGCCGCCUCCACCAUCGCACAGCCAAGCACCUUCGCCCUCACAGCCACAGCAACAGCUAUUGGUUGGGCCAAAAGGUUCCAUAACACACGGAACUCCAGUUAAUAACGCCACUCAGCAAAUAAUUGUGCACCCUGCGCAGACAGGUGCUACUCUUAGCCCUAAAUUUGACAACUUAUUGCGUCAAACUCCACCUUCCUCUAACUCUAUUGGUGCUGAAAGUAACAAGGUGGGUUCAAUAACCCAGGGAACACCUAUACACCUCCCUACUCAUCACAUGGACAAUAAAAGGGCCUACGAAUAUAGUUUCAAAUCUAGCCAGCGUCAGAGCCCUGCUCAACAGCAGCAACAACCCCCUCCCCAAGCAUCUCAACAAAAUGCUUACGCAGUGGGUCCGUAUUCCAGACCUCCUUACACCGUAGAACAGCCAUCUCCAGUGCUUAGCACCCGACAAAUUGUUAUGCAUGAUUAUAUAACAUCCCAGCAAAUGCAAGGCCAACAACAGCGUAGUAUUCCGCGCAGUGGUAGCGCCAGCUCAGCAAGUGUUGGUAAUUCCGGCAAAGAAUCUCCUUCUUCUAGAAAUAGUGGGUCUGGUUUAGUUUACUACGAUAAAGAAAGAGGUCGAACAGAGUAUUCAAGUAGGGCUUCACCAGCGGACCAUGCAAAUAGCACUCCUAGCCCUCAUCGUACGCCACCACCCCCACGUCAAGGCGUUAUUCAACGGCACAACACGGGGGGCUCGAAACCUCCAUCGCCUGCAGCACCACCACAAAGUCGCAUGCACGUUGUAAUGCCCCACAAUUAUCCUCCAGCUGGACAUGACGCUUUCAGUUCAUUCGUUGAUGUGGCGGUACAGCAACCUCAGCUACCAGUGCCUUCGCCAAAAGACGAAAAAUUAUCAUCCACUUCAGCGACCGCGCCGUCACCUUCUGCGUCUACGCAACAACAACCGCUGCCAUCUCAUCAUGACGCCAUUCGAUACCAAAUGAAUCGUGACCAUAUGGCUGCUCUGCAAUUGCAACACCAUCAUCAACAACAUGCGGCUGCCGCAGCUGUUGUUGCUCAACAGCAGCAAGCUGUAGUUGCUGCACAACAGCAGCAGUAUCGACAACAUCAUGCGGCGAAUGCAGUAGACAUGCAACGACGUUUAGAACAAGCGAAACGUGAUCAACGCAUGCAUAACGCAGCCUUAGAAAGAGAUCGAGAUUUGCAACAAAAACGCCAGGAACGAGAGCGUAUUGAAAGAAUGCACGUUGAGCGUUUAGACCGAGAACGGGAACAGCGAGAACGAGAGAGAGAACAACGUGAGAGAAAUCGUGAAAGACGUGAACAGGAACUAGCUGCGGAAGAUCGUGAACGUGAUGGGCGGCGAAUGGAACGUAUCUAUGCUGGCAAUGCAACGACAUCGGCUGCUACUGGAAGUCAGCAUUAUAUUCGGGGACCACCAAGUGAAGCUGGACCUCCACGGUCUAUUUCCGAUAGAGAAAGAGAUCUAUAUCAUAGAACCCAUCCUGGCCAACCACCCUCAGAGGGCACAUUGUCCGCCCAGACUUUAAUUGAUGCCAUUAUCAAACAUCAAAUUAGUCAAGGCAGCUCCGAACCGGGGGCGAUAAGCAUAAGUAGAGAUUUAACACGAUCAUCAUUCCAGUAUAAUUCACGUGAUAUUGGUCCGUCACGCCAGCAUGCAUCGAACGCUACACUUGCCAGUUUAGCAGCUGCCGAAAAUAAUGGUAAAUCUUCGUCUCCUAAUAUUAUUAACAUAGACUUGGAUAACGAUCGUGCCGUGGGCUCCUCGUCAACACCGACUGGAAAUCAGCAUGAGCCCUCACCCUCUCCAAGUUCUCGUGGAGGACGCAGUAGUAGUGGAAGCUCAUUGUCCACAAACUCUCAAGUAGCUUCAUCUUCUCAGCAACCACCCCAAAUGCGUACCAAAAACAUAACUUUUGGUGAAUUGACGGAUACAAUAAUAUCGAAUGACUAUGGACCUAAUCCAGUGCAUUUAAGGGGACCUCUACCAUCAAAUUUUAUACCCUACAUGCAAGAUCCUCAGAACAUUGUAACACCAGAUCGUUGGAAAUUUAACAGGCGUGUGCAGAAAGAAGUUGAAGCAGCUGCUAAAGGAAGUACAAAUUCUCAACCAACAUCGAGUUCCAACAGUGCAGCAAACCCUUCAAGCAUGGGAGGGCGAUCAAAUACACCCGGCGAUGAACGAAAUAUUAUUCGAAUGCCUCAAGCUGUAAGUCCGAGGAAAUAUAUGCAAGAUUUUAUGAUUCAACAGGCAGCAGCAGCCCACGAUUAUCAUUAUCAGCAGCACGGACCGCCAACAGCAAAUUCACAUGGCAGUUCAACGAUGCGUUUGGCUGGUGGACCGUACGACACCAACAGCAAUGUACAAACUACUUCUGGUGUUGGUCCAACUGGUUCCUCGGUGGUGCAAAACCAUGCUUUUGACACUAUGAAAUAUGUACAAAAUCGCAUUGUGGAAGUAAUGCGCACUGAAGAUGAUCAUAGAGCAUCUAGUGGAGGUGCCAAUGAUGAUCGUCAUAAUGACCACCGGAAUAAGGAACAGCACGAACCAUUGGCUCGCAAAACCCCUAAUCAGUACGAAGAAAGAGACAAUGGUAGACGGUCCUCCUCAUCAGGUAAUGAUUCUGCACACAGUCAAACGUCUAUAACGAGUUCGUAUCAGCCGUCUCCGGUCACAACUUUUGCAGCAACAACAUACGCGUACCCUUACAGUGCUCUAAAUGUACCAAGUUCAGUUGCUAGUCUUCAAGCACCGCAACAAAUAAAUUUAAAUACAACUCAUCAAAUGCCGCCUACCUCAAUAUCAUCCUCCCAAAAGCAAUUAAACCACGUACUUGCGGGAGGAUCGGAUGGCGGUGCCAAUACAACUGUGAAUACUGCGUCUAGUUCUGGUGCCAAUCUUCAAACCAGUAUGACAACUUCUUCGACGACAACUGAACCCAAACCUUUAUUAUCGGCUCAAUACGAAGCUUUAAGUGACGAAGAUUAGUUGUGACUGAAUGCGUCUGCGAUAGCGACUCGAUGUCGUCAACAACCAGGGCAGCAGCAGCAACAGCAGCAGACGCAGUGGUAUCAAGCGCAACAACAAGCACACUCCCCAAUCACCCCCUACCACUUUCAAUAUAAACAGCCCCUUUCGGAGGAAAUACCGAAUCUUAAACAUCAUCAUUACCCACAGCUAUCAAUAUUGCCUUCACUGCACGUUCAACAACACUAUAACGCUUGUAAAUACAAGCUCGGGAAUGAAAACCCGCGCAUCCAAUUGCAGCAGCAUUAUAGUAAGGGUAAUGUGAAAACCAACAGCAGCAACCUCAAAAGUAACAAUUCCUAUUUUUAGCUCGAAGAGAUUGUUAAUACCGAUUAUAGAAGGGGAUGACAGGUGUGGACUGAGUAAUAAAACUUUUUUUUUAAGCUUAAGUUAAAAGUAAAUUAAGUACAUGUUCGCAAAAACAAAGUAAAUGACAAAUUCACAUUACAAGCAUUUCGUAUGAGAAUAUAAAGUAAAAGAAGAAAAUAUAGAGAGAAAAUAAAAAAGUAUGUUCGUAUGCGUUUCGGGAUGGUCACAAAUGUUUUCAACCAUCUGCGUUGUGCUUGCCACAUUUUCUCGCGCACUCUUUAUCCACCAUUAAUUAAACAUUAAUUACCGCAAAUUGCACACCACUUACGAUAAUUUAAACUAAAAGAAAAUACAUAAAAUUAAAUUUUAUAAAAUUUAUUAUAUAAACAUGCAUAAAAAUAUAU